AUGUCAAGUUCAUCGAACCUGGGUGAGCCUUCGGUUCUUCCCGAAGAGGAAUUGCUUCUGGAAGAGGAGAGACCCCUCCCAUCGUCAGCAUCACCAACGACUAACGACAAUGAGAACGGAAACAACGGAAACAAUGGUAACACAACUAAUGCAAAGAAGGGAGGUUUGACUGUGUCCUUUACGUCUAAUCAUGCAAAAAAAGGACCAAUAGCUCGAAAAAGCAAACUGGAAGUUAGCAAAUCGUCAUCAAAUAUCGAUACAGAUGUUAUGACUCCAUUGAGUUCCAUUGUUGAGCACAGUUUUUUACCCAAUCCUGUAGUAAUGCAACAAGCAACCGAAGAAUUCGAAGAGAAAGUUAAGGAAAAGGAGCAAUUGAGAAAGUCAUCAUCCUCGGGUUUCUUGCCUGGAACAACAACUCCAUUUUCUCCACCGUUUUUAGAUUUGGCAAUACCAACUCCAACACCCAUGACUGCCGUACCUGGAGCACUUUUCGUUUACAAUGAAGAUGCAUUUAAAGCAGAUUUAGAAGAUUUUGAAGAUGAAUCACAGCUUUUAGAACAAAUCAGGUCAAAGGAAGCAUGUUUUGCUGAGGAAUAUAUCAACGAUGAAAUAGUUCAAGUAUGCAGUAAUUUAUUUAAAGUUUUAGAAAUGAGAAGAAAGCAUCAAGUUGGAGAAUAUAGCGAAGAGUCCAGAAGAGACGCUCGUCCAUGGAACUGUUUCUAUCAUACGGAAGAUUUUGUGGGAAAUGUUGAUGAAGAUGAAUUGUUACUCAAUUCAAGAAGUCAUGCCUAUGUAGAACCAAAACAGACCUUUGAUCCUUAUGACCUUGACGCUUGCAAACAUUAUCCUGUUACAUCUGAUGACACGAUCUCAAUGAGAAAGGGAAUUUUUUAUGUGAAAAACACACUCGGCCAAGAAAUAGUUCCUCCUGUUACUUUUGAAGAGCAUUUUGAAACAUACAAAUUCCUUUCAAACCUCAUGUAUGAUGCUCCCACAAAAUCAUUUUGUUACACCAGACUCAAUGCAUUAGAGUUGAAAUUUACCCUCUUCAAAAAAUUGAAACAAUUUGAAGAAAUCAAGACGCAAAAGCUUGUGCCUCACAGAGACUGGUACAAUGUUCGUAAAGUUGACGGUCACGUGCACUUAUCAUCCAUGGCACACCAAAAGCACUUGCUAAGAUAUAUCAAGAGAAAGCUAAAGCAAUGCCCAGAUGAAGUUGUCAUUGUUAGAGAUGGUAAAAAACUAACUCUAGCAGAGGUGUUUGACAGUUUGAACUUGACGCCUUUCGACUUGUCUGUUGAUACUCUAGAUGUUCACGUUGAUAAGACCCAAACCAUGCACAGAUUUGACAAAUUCAAUUUGAAAUAUUCACCUUUUGGUCAAUCCAGACUUAGAGAAAUAUUUUUAAAAACUGACAACAUGAUCGAAGGCAAAUAUUUUGCCGAGAUGACGCGAGAGGUUUUUAGGGACUAUGAGGACAGUAGAUAUCAACACGCAGAACCAAGAGUAUCCAUCUACGGCAAGCAAUAUGAUGAAUGGCAAAAUCUUUCCAAGUGGGUCAUCAAACAACGAAUGUAUAGCCCCAAUAUCAGAUGGCUCAUUCAAAUUCCUCGACUCUAUAAUGUUCACAAACAAUUUAAUGCAAUUGAAAGUUUUGAACAAAUGCUUUACAAUAUUUUCAACCCACUCUUUGAAGCGACCAGAUGUCCAGACAAGUAUCCAGAGAUUAGUACAUUCUUGAAUUACAUUGUUGGAUUUGAUUCUGUGGAUGACGAGAGCAAACCAGAGCCAAGAUUUCACAUGGAUUUACCAACUCCAGAUGAAUGGAAAAUUGGUGAGAAUCCUCCCUAUGCCUACUAUUCUUAUUACUUUUAUGCGAAUAUUAAGGUGUUGAAUGCGUAUCGAAAAUCCAAGGGCUUGAACACGUUUGCCAUCAGACCUCAUGCCGGAGAAGCCGGUAAUGCUUCUCACUUGGUCAGUGCCUAUCUACUCUCAGAUGAAAUCAAUCACGGUAUUGAAUUGAGAAAGGCUCCAGUUUUGCAAUAUCUUUAUUACCUCUCUCAAAAUCCAUUCCCUCAAUUUUUCCAAAGAGGUCUCAACGUUGCUUUAUCGACAGAUGAUCCUCUCAUGUUCCACUUCACUCGUGAACCAUUAAUGGAAGAAUAUUCUAUUGCAGCGCAAGUGUAUCACUUGACAAAUGUAGAUUUGUGUGAGAUUGCCAGAAAUUCUGUAAUUCAAUCUGGAUUUGAGGAUGUGUUUAAAAAGUAUUGGCUUGGAACAACAAGAAUGUUUGGAAGAAAUGAUAUUCGUCAAUCCAAUGUGCCUAAUUUGAGACUAAAGUACCGAUUUGAAACUCUCUUUGACGAACAUUUAUUCAUUCAGAAAGCUCUUGCAGUCGAUUAUCUCAAAAAGAAGGUCAAAGGUGCUAAAUAUGUUCCUCCACCACCAAUGCCUCCUGCAGAAGUUUUGGCCUAUUUACUUCGUGACAAACCAUCCUACUUGGCACUCACAUUUAGUUCCAUCGGUUCUCUAGCAAAUUAUCCAGCCAUUACCUCUCGAGCUGAAAAGCCAUCAACAACAACAGAAACAACAAGGAAAACUUCAAAUGCAGCUAACAACAUUCUGACCCAACCAGAACCAGGUGUUAUUGCUGCCAAAGAUAACACUGGUCUCUAUGUCCUGUUAACCACAACAACGUUAUUGUUGGGAGCUCUUGCACUCAGUAAUUUGCGUAAAUAA